AUGGUCAUCCAGCGAUUGGCAUAUUUCUUCAUUCUCUCCCUAACUUCCACUCUGGCAUCUGACCGUUCCUCUGUCCUUCCACUGCUCCCCUCCUCAGCGCCUCCCCCGUCGGACCGGGCCUACCUACAGGCGGCAGCCAUUUUCCAACAGCUUCGGGCCGAGAAGCCAGAAACGCAGCAGCUUCUCCGUUACGACAAAAAGGCCGACGCGCCCCUGCCCGAAUGUGGAGACAAAGCCUUACAGGAACAAGCCUACCAACUCGCCUUCAACACGCUCAGAUAUCAAGAUUUACUUGAGAACAUAAUUGCUGACAGCUGUUUCCACACAUCUCAGCAUAUUUGGAAUUCUAUCAAAACUAAUACAUUUCUUCACCAUGUUUCACAGUGUGACGACUUGUUGCCGUUGGCGAUGGUGAUGCUUUUCGACUUCCAGGACAGAAAGUUUCUGCCUUAUAAGCGGUCAGCACCAGAGGGGAGGGAGACUGUGAAACUAGUCAGGGACCUGGACAGCAGUCUGCAAAAGUGCAAAAUCAAGCUGGCGGCCUCUCUCGCUCGCUACAGAGUGAAGCAGAACCUGUGGAGCGUGUCCUGCUUUCUGUCCGACUCUGUGAGGACCAAGCACCACAGGGCGAAAUGCCUGCCGCUUUACGCCUGGAUCAACACCCUCAAGGCAAGCCUUGACGAGGUGUGUGAACUUUUACGAGGCGCUGGCUUGAAGGAAGCUGAGAAUGUGGCCGACCUGACGGAGGCCGGCUUCUGCAGGGACCCUCUCUGUCCAGACACGCUUGUGUUCUCUCACCGGCUGCGCCAGGUCCUCGAACGCAGCGCCCUCACCACCACACACCUGCUCAACAUUCAGGACAGGAGUGUGUGCAUCGCAGCAAGCGUGCUGCAGCCCGUGCUGUUUGAUAAAGGAGACGUCCUGGUGGCCGGCUCCUUCUCAGCUCUGACCGUGGCCCACGUAGCCACCGUGGCCGCGGCCCGCUCGGGCCGAGUGCUGGUGUGCGGCGGCGACCACACGCCUCCACAGCUGGAGGAGAUGCAGGAGCUGCGAGCACGAAUGGAAAUCAAAAAUGUGCGCGUCCUGUCGGAAGCCUUCUGCAGCCUGGAUGAGUGGCACACCGCCGUCCAGAGGUUAAAGGUCAUCAUAGUGCUGCCCCGGUGUUCGUCCUCUGCCCUGAAUGACCCCGUGGCCACCAUCCACAGUGAACAUGGAGACUGGGAACUGCUGCCAGACUUGUCUCAAGGAUCCGUCUCAAAAAGCAAGCUACUGUCUUUGGCUACCCAGCAGGCUCGACUGCUAGCACACGCUCUCAUCUUCCCAAAGGUCCAGACGGUGGUUUACUGCACACGCUCGGAGUAUCCUGAGGAGAAUGAACAGCUGGUGGGGAGAGUGUUAGAAAAAACACACACUCACCCCAAACUGCUACCCUUCAGGGUGAACGGUCCAAUUUUCCCUGAUGAAUCCCCGACAGGAGACACAACAAACUCCAAGUUCUUCCGGCUGGAGCCGUGUCAGCUCACCAACGGCUGCUUCAUAGCCAGACUGUCCAGGCAGGCUGACCCCACUAAGGUGGAAACAGUCCAGGAUGUUUUGGCCAGGGCAGCAGCCAAGGGCCUCCUUGGCAAUAUCAUCCCUGAACCAUCAAAGAAUGGUAAAAAGGGAAAAGGAAAGAAGAAUCAAACUACAUCAUCAAGCAAACCUCCAUCCCCCUGCGGCCAGGAGGGACUGGCCGAGCCGGAGCCUGAAAACGGACGAGGUUCAGCGACCCCUUCGAAAGAUGAAGAAGAGAGAGGCGACGAAAGGGAGGAGGCGGCGGGUGAGGAGGUGAGCGGCGCCGGGGGGGCGAAGAAGAAGAAGAGGAGAAAGCGGAAACAGGUUGCGAAAAAGCAUCCGAAACAAACCAAAAGCAAUUCCACCGGCCAGAAGGUCCAGCCGACGGGCCGCAGGAAGAAGCCGGUGGCGAAAAAGGCCAACCCAUCGCAUCACAGGGGGCAGCAGAUGAGGAGCAAACCCCGACGAAUACCCCGCCUCACGCUCUCGUUAAUGUCGGCGGCUAAACCCUCCAGCCACUUGUCUCCAAUCACGGCCGUGGCGCACAAGAUCAGCGGCAGUCCGGCCGUCAAAUCGGAGCCCCCGCCACACUCCAAAAAGCACCCCGGGCCGGCCCCCCCUUCCGCCCCUGGUUCUCCACACGUGGCCGCCAAGAGAACAGUGGCGCCCGUCGCUAAACAGCCCAGACAGGUGGAAAGACCAAGGAACGUGGUGAGAAAGCAGGAAGUGACCAAGACAGGAGACGGGAUCCUGCCGCCCAUUUCCCCCCGUUCUCCGAGCGCCUCGCGCAGGAGAAUCCACGGUUCGGCCUCUCAGGCCUCCGGCUCUUAG